AUGGUUCCCUCCCCUCUUGAUGGGGUCUGCCGAGCCGGGCUCCUGAAGCCGACGCCUUCGAGUGAAACCGGUCUGCCCGCUAAGCAGCAUGGCCAUUACUCCCGCGGCUGUGGCUUCGUCAUGGGCGCUAUAUUAGCUCUCUGUGCGAAACGGCUAUGUAAUGAGGUGCGGAGCGGAGCAGGUGGUCAUGAUGAGAGUACUACAGAAAUGUGCGGUCAAGUUCAAUGUGGAUCAUGGGAUGUCAAUGUCAAUGGAGCAACACGGCCUGAGCAAUCACUCAUUUCACACAUGAGUCUGGCUAAAUCGCAAUCCGACCCGCUCAAGACUUUCUUCCCGGGAUCCAUGGGCCGAGGAACAAGCAAUCCGCGAAGGGUUAUGAUGGGCAGACCAGACUCCCUAUAUGGACUAGCGCGGGUAGUGGAUGGAGCCCCGGGCACGAUCAGCAAGGAGAUCAAGGCCCAGGACGGUGAUGGCAUCACACGGCAGCGCCGGGUCUGGAGCCGCUAG